UAGAUCCAGUUACGUCUCCAGUGGCUCCCAGCAUCCCGGAUCCACUUAGACCAGACCGGAACGCCGGCAGGUAAACAUGGCGGCGAGCCCACGGAUAACUGCGCUUCUUCCUCCGACCAAAACCGUCACCGUCUACCGGAAUGGAGACGCUUUCUAUCCCGGGAAAAAAGUAGUGAUGAAUCCCCGGCAUCUGUCAACUUUCGACAACUUUAUGAACACUUUAACCAGACACAUGGAGGCUCCGUUCGGCGCCGUCAGGCGGCUGUACACACCCACGAAGGGCCACAGUGUGCAGGAGCUGGAUCAGCUGAAGCAUGGGGGCUCCUAUGUUGCAGCGGGGAAAGAACCAUUCAAGGUCCUGAACUACUGUGGGAUAGCCACCAUAGAGCCGCAGAAAAGGAAAAAUAAUCUGAUUAAACCUGUACCUCACACCAGAGUAGUUGCUUCGGCUCGCUGGAGGAAAAUCAGGGAUGGAACUUGCACAAUAAACGUCUUCAGCAACGGAGAGCUGCGGAUUCCUCCGGCUCGGGUCCGGAUCCCAAAGCACACUCUUAAAAGCUGGGACCGUGUUUUAUCCAUGGUGACGCACAAAGUGGAACUCCGCACUGGGGCCGUUUACAAGCUUUGCCGGUUAGACGGACGUCCUGUCAGCGGAUCUUCUGAACUGGAGAACAACCAGCAUUAUGUGGCAGUUGGACCUGAAAAGUUCAAACCUCUCCCAUAUGAACGCAAAGCUCUCCUGCUAUCUGCUCGAAACAAAAGACCUGUAAAUAAUACGGUAUGCGAUAGAGAGGACCUUGAGCUCACAGUUGGGGGCAAGAUGAAGGAACAUGCAGCCAAGACGGAGCGAGUCAAACAGCAGAGGAAGGUGUCCAGAAAACCAGCACGCGUCACAGCAGGAGCCGACAGCGUAUUUAAUGCAAAAAACAAAAGAAGUGAGGUGGAAGGCGCGGCGGAGGUGCAGGAAGACCCCCACCUGAAGGUGGACCUGCCGAUUGAUCAGGUUGAAGCGAAAACAGUUGAAGAAGAGCACGAAGCCUCUACUAGCACUGCAAACAGGAAGAGUUCAGACGCCACGCGUCCCAAGAAAACUAAGGCUGCAGGUUACAAGAAACAUGAGAGGCAGGAGGAGAAGGAGGCGUCGACCGGGCUCAGAGUACGGUCACGGAUGUCCCGCUUUUUCAAGGGACUAGUAAAAUUGUGAUGCUUUCUGUUUCGGUUGGUGCACUUUUCAAUUUAAAAGUUUCAGAGUUGCAGACAUCGCAGGAGUGCUACAGGCCCGACGUCCUUGUUCUCAUCCUUCUCUGGAGGCUGGCUUCUCAUCGAUGAGACAAAACCAUGCUAUGAACCAAAUAAAAACGUCUCGCCUUUUGACA